AUGCAACAGCAGCAACACUUCCAGCCCCAGUAUCAGCCAUCUCAUUAUGCCUUGCUUUCUUCAGCUUCCACCGCAGUCAAUCGAGUACAUCCUGCAGGGGGUCUUGAGGCCUCUGGACUCAGCGAUCUUCAGCUUGGCUCUCGUCUUCAACAGCAACAGCAACAACAAAUAUCAAAUCAGCCGAAAGCUAUUCAACCCGAAGAAGUGGAGGCCAUGCUCGCCCUUCUGGAUCUCACGAUUCGCGUUUGCCAAUUGAGUGCUUCUGCUCGCACUUCUAUAGUUCUAAAUCCCCACUGGCAGGUCGUCCCGGUCUGCAUCGGCCUUGUCACAUGUCCUCUUCCUGUGCAACUCAAGGCCCGCCUUAUUAAUUUGCUCACAGCCUUGUUACAUGGUUUUCAGUCCACCACUCCUGACUCCCUGAAUCUCCUCGGUGCGCCUGGAAACAUGGCGGAUGUAGUUUCAUGCAUCUGGGACGGUCUCAUCUCGUCAGAGUUUGAACUCGUUCUCUCAAUUUGGUCGGAGCGACAGGGAGACCUUGAGCAGCGUACCUAG